AUGGCUUCGACGAGCUUUUUCGAUGAGGUGUCCCUCAGCAUUCGAGAGGGAGUGGCGGUGCUGACUUUGCUGGGAGAGUCUGGAACUUUACCAUGGGGGACCUCUCGACAAGAACACCGAUUCAACCCUGUGAUGCUGCGAGCCAUGACUGUCGCACUCGAUGCUGUCGAGGGAGAUGUGCUUGUCGUCACCAACAAGGGAAGCUUGGCCAGCAGCAAGUUUUGGUCCAACGGAAUGGACUUGAACUACCUGGACAAGCACCCAGACGAGGCGGCGAACCUCUUGAAGCAAACGGAUCGGCUGAUCGCAAGGAUCUGCUGUUUUCCACGGCCGACUGUAGCAGCCAUCCGGGGCCACUGGUGCGCGACCGGUGGAAUGAUGGGUUUGGCCUUCGAUUUCCGGCUCAUGUCCCGGGACGCAGGAUUCUUUUUCAUCCCAGCUGUGGACCUGGGCCUGGUCUUCUCCCCGUUUCAGACACAGCUCAUGAAGGCUAAGCUUCCUCGCAGCAUGCAUCGGGACGUGCUCCUCUUCAAUUCCAGGCGUUGGACUGGUUUGGAGCUGCUGGCAGCCGGGCUCGUGGAUGAGGCGGUGGUCGGCUACGAGGUCCUGCGGCUUGCCCGGACCACCCUAAAUCAGGAGUAUGGCAAGGAUCCUGCCGUUCUGGUCCAAAGACGUUAG